AUGUCGGCGGUUUUUUCUGCUCCUCUCAAUGGCUCGAAAACUCGCUUCUCCCGACCACACGGUCAAGCGCCCAAAUCCCAAACCAACAAUUCCUCAAAUCAACUCAACUCCUAUCCCACACCAGCAUCUGGCGGCAAAUGGAAGCGAUCCAUCGAUGAAGUUGGUAUGGAUACUAAACCAAAUUUCGGAGCUUCAACAGAUGGUUCUGAACCACUCGCAAAGGAAUCACGAGUUGGCUCUCCAAAAAAUGUCCAAGUAUGCAAUGCUAGCGAAGGUCGCAAGAGAUAUCUUGGAGAAAAAGCCGCAACAAUAGAGAUGCCAACUACCGAAGCUGCUGAAUUGUCCCCAAAGUUUCUCUUCGAUGAUCGUAUCCUUGUUUUGCAAAUGUGUCUUCCAUGUCGUAUCAAGAGUCGAUUUUUUUCUUGUCGAUGA